CGAAUUGAAGACAGCUUUGCUUAAUUAGGCUUAAUUACUUUCACCCAGCAGACUUUGAAACGCAGUGUGAGUUCAGAAGUCUUUGGCCUGAAUAGACAGAAAAGUCAUGAUCAUUUUUAAGCUUGUAACAAAAGACAAUGUUACGCUUAACUAUUGAAAGCUGUGCCUGAUCUUAUCAAGAUAACAGAAUAUGUAGAAUUGAUUUUUGACUUGACCUCUGUGUCUGAGCGCUGAUUUCCAGGAUGUGCGGAGGUCGCUGAUGGUGGUGUGUACAGUCGGCAUCGUUUGGUUUGGAGCGGGUUGGAAGAUGGCUCUGUACGCGCAGCGUUUCCUGCUGGCCCUGCUUCUUCUGGGAGCUAAUGUGUUCAUCAGCAUUCACUCUCAAGAGGUGGGGGUGUCCGAGGCGUGGACCAGCAGGUCUUGCAAAUGUGAUUGUGAAGGAGGAGAAUCCCCGACUGAGUCCUCCUCCAUCGGGACCGGCUCCUCCAUGCAGCGAGGAGUGGACUGCAUGCCAGAGUGUCCGUACCACAGGCCUCUGGGCUUCGAGGACGGAUCAGUGAGUCCAGACCACAUCACCUGCUCCAACCAGGACCAGUACACCGGCUGGUUCUCCUCUUGGCUCCCGAGCAAAGCCCGGCUCAACAGUCAGGGCUUCGGGUGCGCCUGGCUGUCCAAGUUCCAGGACAGCAACCAGUGGGUGCAGAUCGACCUGCAGGAGGUGAAGGUGGUGUCGGGGAUCCUCACUCAGGGCCGAUGUGACGCCGAGGAGUGGAUCACCAAGUACAGCGUUCAGUACCGCACCGAUGAGAAACUCAACUGGAUCUAUUACAAAGACCAGACUGGAAACAACAGGGUGUUUUACGGAAACUCUGACCGCUCCUCGUCAGUGCAGAACCUCCUGCGGCCGCCCAUCGUGGCGCGCUACAUCCGCAUCCUCCCCCUCGGGUGGCACACACGCAUCGCCCUGCGCCUGGAGCUGCUGCUCUGCAUGAACAAAUGCACCUGAACCUUUUCCCUCCCCGCCGUCCCCGAGACUUCUGUCCCAAAAGUUCAUCCAUACCUAAAAUGCCCCGUCGUCAGAGUGUAUGGUCCGUUAUGAUAACCACAGAUUUGGCCCCUGUCCAGCUACAUUUAUAAAACCACAAAGUGAAGACAGAACUUGUGUGAUUUCAUUAAAACGUUUGUUUGAUGUUCUCAGUGAGCUUUCAUUCACCCCACUCUCCAUUGUCUCCCUCAGUUUCUCAAUAGAUUGUUCCAUUUGCAAUGAAAUGGCAUAAAUUCAAAGCAAUAAUCAGGCGUCGAGAGGGAGAGGCAGCGUUGCUAUGGAGGCUGCAUGAAACGGUCUGAAACAAGCUCUUCCAAAAACAUUUGUGUCCUCCUGUGAAAGUCUGUCUGUGUCUCCUGAUAAUUAGCGACAAACAGGGACCUCUGAGUCAGUCUCUCCUCCUGAUUUUACCCAAAGAAUCAGGCUGGAGAUAUUCUGCAUGUUUCUUUCUCUCAACAAAUCCCAUAAAAAGACCAAGACUAACAAGAAAUUGAUCCUACACUGAAAAAAAAUUGUUAACCAACCUAACUUAAUACAUUUUUAACACUUAAUUAAUUUUUUUCCAGUCAAUAAAUUAGAUUAACGCCGUAUCUUUGAAAGAGGAAGUUAAUUAUUAUUUUUUUAGUGUUAUGUUAUUAAUUAUUUGUUUAACCUGUUUGCUUUUUGUGUGACCCAAACUAAUUGCUGUAUAUAUUAUUUUUAAAUUAUUUAUUUUGGUAAGACUUUAGUAAAAAAAUAAAUUCAUCUUCAGUUUGAACAAAUGGGUUUAGGUGCUACAGACAGGACAGAAAAUUGAUAAAGUAUUGAUAUAAGGACUAACACAUGUUGAUUUUGGUCUUUUAAUGGGAUUUUUUGAUAAUGAGAAAUAUUGGAAUAAUGCCAGACUUUAUAUGUUAUUUUCCUUCCUGUUUUUACUCUUUUUUUCAUUUAUAAAUUCUCACAAGUUUUACCUCAGGCACAUUUUUACAGCUAUCAGACUUUGGUGCUAUAUUUAGAUUGAGGGACGGAAAAUUCACAAAUUCUCAGAUGUGGUUUUGUAUUGUGCUUAACUCCUGAUUAUUUUUCUGUAACAUUUCAGUUCAGUUUCCCAUGGUGCUUUGAGUUGUAUUCACUCUGAAGACGUGCUCUUUAUUGUAUCUUUAAACUAUUUCCUCAAUUAAAUUGUAUCAUGUC